AUGUCACAUUAUUAUACAAUGCCACUUAAAAAAAUCUAGUUAAAUUGUUUAAAACCUAUUUUAUUCGCUACCUAAAACAUGGCAUAAUUAACAAAUAAUUAUAAAUUCUAAAAUUUGUUUUUAAUCAAUAAUAUUUUCGAUCUUACAUUUAACUAAAAAUGAGAUUUUCGUAAUGACUGACAAAAAUGAACAAAAUGAUCCUAGUAAGAGAGGAAAGGUGGAAUGUGAUGCCAUGAAACCAAUUGGCUGCAAUCCACCCGUGAAGAACAUAACACAUCCGUUGAGGUACUACGAAUUCACUCGCGAUGAAAUCAAAGUUCUAGAAGAAUGCGAUAAAGAGAGCUUUUAUCGUCGGUGCCUUCCUUUCAGCACUCUUUUUGCCACAGCUACUUACACUGCAGUCAAAUAUGGUUAUUUCAAACCAAAUGCCCGGUUUGGAGCUAUUCCUAAAAUAUCAUUUGCGGUGUUGGUUGGUUACUUUGUUGGGAAGCUAUCUUACCAAGAGGCAUGUGCUGAAAAAUUAAUGGCCUUACCAGGAAGCUACAUUGGACAACUUCUCCGUGAAAAAAAGCAAGGGAGGACAGGCGGAGGUGGAAACAUACAAAGCACUCCGAGCAUGUUCGGCGCCGGCCCCAGCGACAUCUACUCGGACGCGGGCCCCGGCAGCUCGCUGGACCUGGACACCGAUCGCCCGACCUUCAGCGACGAUUCUUAUCGCCCCGAUAAUCAAGGUGGAGGUUUCCCCUCGUUGGGCCCGGACAGCAAGCGGCCUGCCCUCUCUUACGACGACCUCAGGCGCAGGAACCGCGGCGAGUACACCGACGCUAGGCAAGACCCGUACAGAGUUGACCCGAACACGGUGCCGCCAAUAACGCGCGCGGCGCCGGUGAUCGAUGCGCCGCCGCCCGCCUCGCGCCACACCAACCAGUACGGCGACGUUAUGGAUUAACACAAUGACAUUUACACCACUCGCUUUUUAGAUGCAUGGCCCGAUAACUGCAACGUGUAAAUAAUAUACUGGCUAAUAUUUCAACAGUGGGGUAGCAUUCGCUGAAUAUAUUUAGGCUCCUCAUCAUGAAUUGCAAAAUAUAGAUUUAGCACGCAAAGUAUGUAUAAUUAAACAAUAUAAAAUAUUGGAAAAUUCAUUUAUGACUAAAAACUGCGUAUUGUUGUUUGUUUAAUAUAUACAUUACGAUUUUACUUUCAUAAUAGAAAUCUUUAAAAAAUGAUUUUCUGAAGCA